GCGGGCGCACUUUCGUGACGCAGCCCCCCGGCGCCGGGGAAGAUGGCGAUCCUGGUGAAGGGCGUGGGAUGGGCCCCGCGGCCGUUGCUGCCGGUGGUCCAGGCUUGGGACCUCGACGCCCGGCGCUGGGUCCGGGCGCUGCGGCGGAGCCCCGUGAAAGUGCUGUUUCCGUCCGGAGAGGUGGUGGACCGGAAGCCCGGCCCCGGGAAGCGGCCCCGGAAGGCGGCAGCCGAGGCCAGUCCCCACGUGCAGCGACCGCAACAGGCGCCUCAGGAGCCCCCAGCCCAGACGCCCAGCACCUGGGAAGAGUCGGGGCUUCGCUACGAUAAGGCCUUCCCCGGGGACAAAAGGCUGAGCAGCGUGAUGACGGUCGUCAAGUCCAGGACAUUCCGGGAAAAGCAAGGGAAGAUCCUGCUGGAAGGCCGCCGGCUGAUCGCGGACGCCCUCAAGGCCGGCGCUGUGCCCAAAAUGUUCUUCUUCAGCCGCCUGGACUACCUGAAGGAGCUGCCCGCCGAUAAGCUGAAGGGGGUCCGCCUCGUUAAGGUGAAGUUUGAGGAUAUCAAGGAAUGGUCCGACCUAGUAACACCGCAAGGAAUCAUGGGGAUUUUUGCCAAACCUGAUCAUGUUAAGAUGACAUUCCCAGCGACUCAGCUUCUCCAUUCCCUGCCCUUAUUGUUGAUUUGUGACAAUCUCCGAGACCCUGGGAACCUGGGGACGAUUCUGAGAUCUGCUGCUGGGGCAGGUUGCAGCAAAGUAUUACUCACCAAAGGCUGUGUGGAUCCCUGGGAGCCCAAAGUGCUGCGGGCAGGUAUGGGUGCGCAUUUCCAGGUGCCCAUCAUCAACAACCUGGACUGGGAAACAGUGCCCAAGUACUUGCCCGACGAUACCCGGGUCUACGUGGCAGACAACUGUGGCCUUUAUACCCAGGCCCAGAAAUCUAAUAAAGCCAGUGACCAUGGCUGGAUCUGUGACCAACAACUCUCAAAGAUUCACAAGUAUGAGGAAGAGGAGGAGGAGGAUCUAGAAACUGGAGCCAGCAAAGACUGGCUCCCUGAACUUGAGGUCCAGAGUUACGACUUGGACUGGACAGAGGCCCCAGCAGCAGUGGUCAUAGGUGGGGAGACGCAUGGCCUGAGCUUGGAGUCCCUGCAGUUGGCUGAGAGCACCGGGGGCAGGAGGCUGCUGAUCCCUGUAGUGCCUGGUGUGGACAGCCUGAACUCGGCCAUGGCUGCCAGCAUCCUCCUUUUUGAAGGGAGAAGACAACUGCGGCUCAGGGCGGAACACUUGAGCAGGGACAGGAGUUAGUUAUCCCUGAGAGGGGACGUGGAAGUCAUCCUUGGUUUGAGGCUGUCUCUAGCUCUCCUACAUUAGGCUGGCAGAGUUGGUCAUUAUGGCUUCCCAACAGCGAGGCAUAAAAUUGUUGGGUGGUUAUUAAAAAAUAGAAAUUUCCUUGAAUUUUUGCUUAUUCUUAAAAAUAACAAAGGUCAAGAUUCUUCCCGAGAUCUCCCAUUCCCCUCACACGCCAAUUUUUUACAUAUGUGUGAAGGCUACAGGCGAUGGCAUUCAAUAGCCAGCUGUCCUUUCCAGCUGGCUGUGUCAGUCUGCAAUUUGUUCAGGCCCUGGCUUAAACAGCCAUUGUGUAUGUAGAACACGACUCUCCCACUUCUGGUGAUACAGCUGGUAGAAGCAGCGUAGUUCAAGUGGCAUUAGACCUUCUUAGCACCUCUGCAGAUAAUCUUUUUAAGGGCUCUGUUCAGAAAAGGAGGAAGCAGUUUUAAAAUCUUCAGCUUAGUCUGCACCCGUUGGGAAAGCUGUACCCCCUUUUACUUGCUUCCUGCUGUUACGUAACUUUUGGUUAAAUGUACUGACUGGAGUUACUUACAUUCAUCCCCUCUCCUGCAUAGAGGAACAGAACUUAGGAAAGUGCCAGCAUUCCUGAUUGCUGUGCAGACGAGGGCUUCUGUGAGGGGAGAGAAGCUGAGGUUCUGAGGAUAAGAGCCAGGGACCCUUGGGCCCAUAACACUAGCUCUUCUGUCAAACCCCCAGCAGACAGUGACUGACUAGGUCCUCGCCACGUGCCAGCUGGGUGUAACCAGGAAUAGGCAAAUGCAGGUGGUGGUUGCUAUGCUUUAAGUCACUGCGGAACUGAAGGGUGUGACCUAUCUCAGUCAGUGCUUUUGUGACCACAGAGGAUGUGGUUGGAGUUGACACCACCAGAGCAGUGUGGUUUAUUGCAUCCCUUCUGCACAGUGGCUCCUACAAUGGUUAGGGUUCCUUGAGAGCCCUUCAGCUGCUCCUUCCAGGGAGGCUGAGUUGCUGGCAUUCCCAAGAGGCACCGAGAUCUUCCUUUGCCUUUGGCUUUCCCAGGUCCCUGGUUAAACUUCCUUUCAAGAGAACCAAGAGUCUGACUCAUGCCCUAGGUGGCAGGGGAGAUUGCUUUGGCAUGUUUGAGGGGAGGAGUUUUUGCAGGAACAAUCUGGUUGGUUCUCUCCAAGGCUUAUCAGAACUUUUGUUCCUGGUGCCACGCUCUGGUCUGCCUGGCCUGCCUAGGGCCCCCCCACCCCCAAAUGUCCAAUGCAAGUGGCCCACAGAUUAAGACCACCAACUUUUAGAAAGUGGAGGAGCCCACAAAGCCUGGGGCUCAGUCUGCCAGCCUCACAGCCACAGUGCCCAGCACUAACUCUGGGAGGCGCCCAGAAAACUGCCACCCCUCUGUUGACAUUUGGUCUCAGCACCUGGGAAAAAGUGCUAAAGAAAGUCACUAAAGGGAGGCCCAGGCCUAGUGUUAAACCAGUCUGUAAUUUCUGUCCCUGGGUUAUGCUUCCUGCUGAUUUUUGUUACAAAAUAAAAAUGAAAGAAACGCUA